CGCCCCGCCACCACGAUGCCCAAGAGGAAGGUCAGCUCCGCCGAGGGAGCGGCGAAGGAGGAGCCCAAGAGGAGAUCGGCGAGGUUGUCAGCUAAUCCAGCUCCUGCAAAAGUGGAAACGAAGCCAAAAAAGGCGGUAGGAAAGGAUAAAUCUUCCGACAAAAAAGUGCAAACAAAAGGGAAAAGGGUAGCAAAGGGAAAACAGGCUGACGUGGCUAACCAAGAGACUAAAGAAGACUUACCUGCAGAAAAUGGAGAAACUAAAAAUGAGGAGAGCCCAGCUUCUGAUGAAGCAGGAGAGAAAGAAGCCAAGUCUGAUUAAUAUCACACACCUGGUCCUAUCAGUGGUCCCUGUUUCCCUUCUUGUACAAUCCAGAGGAAUAUUUUUAUCAACUAUUUUGUAAUUGCAAGUUUUUUAGUAGCUCUAGAAACAUUUUUAAAAAGGAAGGAAUCCCACCUCAUCCCAUUUUUUAAGUGUAAAUGCUUUUUUUUAAGAGGUGAAAUCAUUUGCUGGUUGUUUAUUUUUUGGUACAACCAGAAAAUAGUGGGAUAUUGAAUAUG